AUCGUUCCGAGUUUAUGACAAUAGUCACUUAACCUCGAUUAACAGUUUCGUGGUAAAAAAUUGGCACCCGAGCGGUUGUUGGUCGAGUAGCUCGACUAGAAUGGUCGAAUGAGUGCGCCAUGACCGGUCAACACAACCGAGGGAGGUGUGAGGGAUUCUCUAAUUCAAGGCCAAUAAGAGUAAGCGCAAGUCGUCGGAAAGUUGCGGCCGGCGAGCUCGCCUUUACCCCCAAGUGAUCUACCCCCACUUCGCCAGCUACUGGUGUUGGCCGCGCCGCGCCAAUCUCUACAGAGUAGGGUGUUGCACCUGGCUCCUCUAGUUGCGUACACGUCGACCAAGCUUUAUCUGCCGUCUCGGGCUCCGGCAUAUAGCCCAGUGAACCGCAUGAGUUAAAAUGAUGUUCCAUUGGAGAACGUACUAUAGAGCCGGUACGCUGUUCGUAGUGGCCACAGUGCGUGUGUUCGCCGUGUGUUCGUCGCUCUAACUGAAAACAGUGAUUUUGUGCAAGUUGCGAGUGAAAUGUUCCCGUUGUGAGGAUAAUUUGUGAUGGACAUCUGGAUAUCGAUGCAUAAUUCACAGAUGGCAAACAACUUGGUCAAGUGGUGGAAAACAAAAUUUCUCAACGGAUAUAAACAAUUCUCAGUGGAGUGUGGAGAUGGCAAAGUAUCGGACACGGAGGAACUUCUGGGGCGAUUAGGGUCAGAAGUUGACGCUUGCACAACACCACCUAUACAGCCUCAAGACGUUUCGGCACCAUCGACACCCACCGAGGACACCUCGCCCAAAAAAACACCCCAACACCAGCUCAACUUCGAGGAGUUCUCUUGCGAUGUGUCCAUGGAGGAUGGCGAGAGCAAACCGGGUCAAGAAAGGCAGGAAUUUUCGUUUACCUUGUACGAUUUUGACGGUCACGGAAAAAUAACAAAGGAUGAUAUCUCCGGCUUAGUUACGACAAUAUACGAAGCUUUGGGAUCGUCGGUUAAAGUUCCACACUACGGUAGUAAAACAAUCAAGGUGAAACUUACCGUCUCACCGGAUCAAAGAAAGCACGUCAGUGCUACCAUUAUUAACCAAAAAGACAAUCAAGACGAAAAACCCCACGAAAGUAUACAAUAUAAAAGAGACUUAAACGUAACGAUUAGACAAGGUGUUCACGAGAAACAAAGACAUUGUAGAAGACAAUCUAAACAAAAAACACCAACUAAGAAACACCAUUGCUGUAACCGACACGAGGAAGAGCAAGAACAAGAACACUUCGUGUCGGACGACAGUUCGGACGCAUACAGCCGGAUAUCGGACAAUCUAACCAGCGACGAAGAAGAAGGCGAAUGCUCGGAUAACGAACGAACCAAACUGAAGAAACACCAGAAAAAGUGCCAACGGAGCAGCAGCCCCAGAUACACCAUACCAAAUCUGUUCGUAAAAGACACGAUCUGCACCGAAAACAGCUGUCCCAAGAGAACACCGAAGAAAAGGUCCGGGUCCUUGCAGCGCCAGGAACUACUCGAGAUCAUACAGGCUAACAUGGACAAGAACAACCUGGGUUUUCAAACGCCGAGAAAACAUUCCAACCACGUUAGCACCCAGACGCGGCAGGAGCCCCACAAGCACCACGCGAAGAACCCGAAGAUGGCGGCGUCGCCGCUGCAGUACCUGGCCAACAUCGUGGACCCGACACACUUCUACGUGGACCUCGCUUCCUUACAGAACACAACCCAGCUGCCGCAGACCCACUGCGAAUAUGACAAACUAAUAGAUGCUGUAAUGUGUGUGUCAAAUAAAAAAAUGUCUCUAAAUAAACCGAAGUGUAGAAAGCACCGCGCGAAAAACGAUCUUCCCGACAUACCCUUCAGGUACCAGUUCUUACAGUACCCGUUGACGAACGACGAGAACAAACUGAAAGCCAAACGAACGCCAAAAAAGAGCGCGAGUGAAGUGAAAAGCAAGAAUCCGCACGUGGUGACGGGGCACACGUCGUCGCCGCACCACCUCCGGCACAGGAACAGGCAGGAGGACCAGGCGCGGGCGAUGGCGCAGGUCGUGCGCUGGCUGGAGCAAGAAUUCUCGUCGAAUCUUAACAUGAAGGACAAGGCGAAGAGUAAUCACUUCGCGCACUCGACGUACAAGGAGAAGAGCAACAGUUCGGCGUCUGCGCCGAACGAGGGUGUGGAGCGACACGAGCACCACCACGUGCACGAACACAUACACCACCACUACCACCACUACCAGGAGCCGCCGCUGGUCGUAUAGCGGCUGUGGGUUCUUAAGUGUAGGUCUGUUACUGUAUGCGAAUUUUUGUAGUUGUGGGGACCAUCAAAGGCAUGCCUUAAAUUUACUGAAUUACGUUUUGGGUUUAUUUUUUUGUUUUAAUGGAAGCGACACGAGGUUCAAGUUCCUAUUUUGUAGAUACCAUGGAGUGUUAUUUUAUUUUCGUGUAAUUCGGACUGCGGUUUAAGGCAUUUGGUGACUUUUUGUUGAUAUUAAACCCUCAAAUCUCUGAAUCUUAGAAACUCUGAUAAUACUCUGCUAUUUGAUAAAUUACUGUAUAUUCAUACGACUAGUCUAUACUUUUAGUUCAGUAAGUAUGUAAGUAUUUAUUAAAUUAUUUUCUAAUUUUAUUGAUAUUAUGUUGCAACUUGUUAUUUUCAUUUUGAAGUCAGUAUUGAUAUAUAUUUUUUUAUGUUAAGUGAUUGUCAGUAUAGUAUUUAUUGAAUUACGUCUGUAAUAAUGAUUAAAGUAAAUGUGCCUAAUUUAAAUGCAAACUACUACCUCUGUGCAAGUACUAAUUUAUGAUAAUUUAGGCAAUAAGGCGGCAAAUACGAUUAUUUCAGGGAUAUAAGAAACUUAAUUGUACAUAGAUUCAUACUUCUUAGCGAAUUUCCCUGAUUCAAAGAAGUCUGACUACGAGAAUGGAACUAUUUGUAUUAAUAAAUUAUGUUAUAUUUUAAUAAACUAUUUUAGUUAUUUUUUUUAUUAAUGCAUAACGUUUAGACCAUAUUUAUUGAGAAGUAAAAUGUUUUAUUAAUA